AAAUCAGUUUAAUUUUGUGUGGCCGGCAGUUAAGUGCUGAGUGUUUAAUUAUUUCCUCUUUGUCAAUUUUUUAAUUUUCAAAUUUCAAAUAUUUGCAUUUUACUAAAUAACCGUAAAAUACGUUGUUUUCUCUCCAAAAUUCUAAACAAAAAAGUGUAAAAAUACGCAAUUCAAAGCACGGCAACGUGAUUUCGUUAAAAAAAGAGUAAACAAAUUUUAAGUCACAAAAUUGCCGCGUGUGUGGAUAUGAACUAAGAACCAACCCUCAACCAACCCUCAACCAACAGCACUUAAACUUUAACAAUUGAUCAAAAAUAAAAGCAUUUUGAAUAUUUAAGAAAGAACUGCGGAUUAAAGUAAAUAAACCAGCAAACAACUCAUCUAUCUUCUUGCAUCAAUUAGCUAGCUAAAAUAAUUCAUAUCAUCUCGCGUCCCCACUUCUACCAUCAUAAGUUUUCUAAAGCCAAUCACGUGCCAGAAAAUGGCCAACCAACCGCCAACUAAGUGUCCCCCGUACCCUAAAGUAAAGUAUACUGAUGCGAAGUUUCGGGAAAUCAUGCCUAGUUUGCCGCUGGAGGAGAGUCAUAAAGUCCAAUAUAAGGCAAAAGGGGUGUGGUUUAGGAUGAUAACAAAGCAUGGCAAUUUCUAUAAUUGCGAAUGUUGCGGCAUAGCCAACGUUGGCCGAACACCAUUUACCGACCAUUUACGUGGCAAGAAACAUCGUUUGGCCUUGCAUGCCGCUGAUAAGCUCUUUCAUCCACAGUAUACAGCUCCAAAGCCAACUAAUUCACCUCCACGUACACCCAUUCUUGACGCUUGUAUGGGAGUUGGCGAUAAGCCCAAAGAUGUGAGUGGACUUAAAGCUGCAUCUACACAGCAGAAACCAAAACCAGGACCGGCUUCUGCGCAAAAAUCAAAGCAAGAAGCUAAUUCACAAAAUGCGCAAAAACCCAAGCCAGAUGGUGAUUCUGGGCAAAAAUCCAAACCAGAUGGUGAUUCUGAACAAAAACCAAAGCCGGAGGUGGAUGAUAAUUCUUCUACGCAAAAAUCAAACCCAAAAGUUGAAGCUAACACCGCACAGAAAAAGCCCACUCCUGUCCAGAAACCAGGUCCGGCUUCUAGCAAAAAGCCAAUGAACGCUGCUAAGAAAGCAACACCUGCCGAGACGGCUAAGAGCAAUGCUUCUCCAGCCAGUGCUUCUGAGCAAAGCGAUUCCAAAGAAGAAGUAACUUCUACUAAAAACGAAAACGAUGAGAAAAAUUCUGAAGAAUCAGCCAAACCUACCCCAGUGGUUGCCACUGAUGAAAUUGUUAUACUUGAUGACGAUGAUGAAGAUGAAAAUGAAAACAAACAGCCUGCGAAGGAGGAGCCUGUUGAAAAACCUGAGGUAGGCCAGGCCAUUCCAGUUACUGGCAAUGCUGUCCCCAAAGCUCAAAGACCUCAGAAACAACGUAAUUUACCUGCUCAAGCAAUGAAGCAAAAUCAAAACGCAGCUAGUAAGUCUGAAAACGAUAUUGCACCUGCUGACCGAAUUCUUAACCCUGCAGCGGUUGUAGCCCAAUCGGCAGAGCAACCAAACAAUAAUGAAAAGCCAAAUUAUCAACAAAAUCGGGUAAUAAUACCCACAGCCAAUAAGAAAAAAGAAGCAGCAAAUCAACAACAGCAAGCUGCUAAUCAGCAACCAAACUUCUCGAAAAGGACCUUUACACCAAAGGUGGCAGGAACGGAGGAUUGCGAGGGCAUAAUUGGUGUGGAAUACGUUGUUAAGAUCCUCAAGGUGUACAACGAUCCCGAUCCGUUUUAUGAGUGUUGCUUGUGCGAGGUGGUGAUGGAUGGCAUUGGGAUGCAAACUCAUUUGGUGGGCUAUAACCAUCGCUACAAGUAUAUAGAGAAGCAUUUCCCAACAUGUUUCAAUCAGUAUAAGGAUCACAUUGGCAAUAUUCAGGUGUUGGGUCAUAUUAUGGAUCGCGUUGCUAAGGCAAUUGAAAGCCAUCACGGUAGGGAAUUGCCCUACGAGUGUCUGAGUGGAGAAUUCCGUGCGAACCGUCAUGGUGUUAUGACAACAGUUUACUCCUUCCGACAUGCCUCAGAAUAUUCCGGGCCAUCGUUUACAAAUGUUUUAGAUGCCAAGGAAGUGGAUGAGCUGUAUAAGAACAAGGUAAUCUACGUUCCGAAAAAAGCAGAUCCAAAACGAAAGCCUACAUUUGACACCCGUACUGGGGCUCCCGCACCAAAGAAGGGAAGAAUGGAUCGUGAACGCGAGCGAGAUCGUGACCGUGAUCGUGAACGUGAACUUAAUCGUGAACGUGAACGAGAUCGUGAUCGUGAACGUGAUCGUGGAUAUCUUGGUUCUAAUCGAGGAACUCGUCGCCCAAUGCGUGUGGAACCCGAACCACAGAACACGGUUGAUGACGCAACUCACAAAUUAUUGGUUGAAGAAUUCCUCAAUAACACCCGAGGAAAAUCACGCUCCCCCGGCGGACGCAGAAGACGUCAUCGAUCGCGAUCUCGAUCACCCCAGAGAUCGCAUCGACGCAGAUCUGUAUCGCCUUUGCGCGAAGGAGACAUAUGGCAAGCCUAUCGACAUCUUGUUGAUCGCUCCAAAAAUGAGUUGGAUCAGGUAUAUAAGGAAUAUCGCAAGGACCCGGAGAAGCACCCCGUUUACGACGAGGAAUGGCGUAAAUUCUGGAAGCAUCGUAAAGAGCAAUUGACCCGCGAAGGUCUCGAUCACAGAAACUACGACUUCCAGCCAGAAUGGGUUAGAUACUUUGCUGUUCGUAUCGAAGAACUCUAUGAUGAAGCUGUAGAGGACAUCAAAAUAAGCUCGAGGAGGCGCCUGAUUUUACCGAUGACAAAUGAUGAACUUGAGGAUAAGAAAUAUCAUGUGAAGGUUGUUAAUAUCGAGAGAGAACAACAGUCUAAUCAAUAUCAACAGGAAUACGACCAACAUGGAUCCAAAUUCCCCGAAAAUGACAAGACUUCGGUAGUAAGUGUGCUGAGAUUGUUGACCGCCUUAGAAGACUAUCUGGGAAGUUUGGGACCUAAAGUGGUUGAUCUUCUCUCGAAGGCACUCCUGGUAGAGAAAACCAACCCAAGAGAAAUCAAUGAAAUCAUUUUGAAUCUUGAAAACUGCACUAUACUUGAGACAGCUAUGGAAAAAUUGAAAGGAGUCUUGAUUGCUGGACUAUUGGAAGGGCCCAAAGUAAGAGCAUUCAAUAAUGUUAUAACAGAAACAGAUAAAAUUCUGAGAAUUGCUUACAAGAUAAGGCGGGAGAAUCCUCAGCCUCUUAUGAACAGGCCACAUGAAGUAAUGAACAGGCCACAGGCUGCAAUGAAUAGGCCACAGCCUGUUCCUGUUCCUGCUCCCAAAGCUCUGCAACAAGAUUUCCAACAGAAAUCAUUCUCGCCACAUCAACAGCAAAAUCCAAUGCAGAGUGGUAGUGGUGGUGCUGUUGCAGCUAGUGGCGCAGCUGCUAGUUUGCUAUCACAAAUCGAUAAAAAAGAAUUGGCAACCAAACUGGCUGCAGCUUUGACAGCUCAAGGAAAAACAGAUUUCAAUCCAGAGCAGCUGCAGCAAUUGAUUGCAGUUUAUUCCCUCAUAGAUAAGAAGAAGAGAGACUCAGCGGCUGCCUCAGAUAAGCAAAAGAUGACCCUCUCUGAUACAUUGACCGCACUGCUCAAUCCAUCGGGAGACAAAAGCAUCGACGCUGGAGGAAACCGAAUGGGAAUGGGUACUAGUGGUGGUGGUGGUGGCAGAGGAGGAGGAGGAGGAGUUGGAGGAAACUUUUCCAACAGCAAUGAUAAGUAUGGAUCGCUGAGUAAUUCGUCUAUUAACAACUUUGUUAGCAUGUUAAAUAGAGAUGGUCCUUCGGCUGGUGGUAAUAAAUCCAAUGGAGGUGACUCUGAAAUGUGGCAAAACUUGCAGAACAUUCAGAGCUCAUUACGUUUACAAAACAAUGCUUCGAAUUCGAACAUUGACGGAGGAUUUGGAAACAAUUCAAAUUCAGCAAACGCAGGACGCAAUUUUAACAAUAACUCAAUGGCCGGAGGCGGUUCUGGAAACUUUAACAAUAGUAAUAGAAGUGGAUUUGGUGGCCAAUCUGACAAUGACUUCAAUUCUGGUAAGAAUUUCAAUCGAAGUGGAUUCUCUGAUGGGAAUACAAAUUCUAUGAAUAGUUUUGAGGCUGGUUUUCGUUCAAGCUUCCAAGGAGGCAUGAACAAUAGCAAUCCUUCAAGAGUCGGAAAUGAUGACAUGGUGGUGAGCGGAGGAAGGGGAAUAAAUGAUAUGAUGGGAAGAGGAAAUGAUAUGAGGGAUGUUGGAGGAAGAAGUGGAAAUGAUAUGAUCAGUCGGGGAAGAGGAGGGAAUGACAUGAUGACUGGAGGAAGGGGUGGAAAUCCAAGUGGAAAUAGUAAUAAUUUCUCUACAAGUAGUGGCGGUAAUUUUUCAUCGAGGGGACAGUCUGGAACUGGUGCGAACAACACCUUGGGCUUUACUAGGGGUAGCUUCCUGGGAUCCAGUAAUUUUUCGGGGCUAAGCAAUUUCUCUACAUCAAUAACCCCUGCUGGUGGACUAACUAACUUUUCCAGAAGUUCGUUAGGUGGAAUGGGCAGCAGCGGUGGAUCAAAUUUAGGAUCAAACAAUGGAGGAGGCAAUUUCAAUCGUGGUGGCAACAGUGGUCAAUCUAACUUCGGUGGUGGUGUUGGCGGUGGGAAUAACUUCAACAAUCAACAGAACAAAAAUAAUCAAGGUGGCAGUGGCGGCGGUCCAAGUUUUGGUUCGGCUCCCAAUCCUAGAAACAUAGGCGGAAAUCCAGGUGGUAACAAUAUGGCCCAAGCAAGUCGUAGUGGUGUUGGUUCAAAUUGGAGAAAUCAAUAAACAACAAAAUUUAAACCUAUGUUUAAAUUGUUUUCAUUUUAAUUAAUUAAGUUUUUAUAAAUAUGAGACUAAAAUAUGUGGUCAAAAGAUAUCGAAAAUUUAAAGCAUUUUUUAAACAAAAUUAUUGAACAAAUUAUUUUACACUUUAAACAAAAUAAUUCUACUAAAAAUUGUAUGAAAUUGUUUAUAAAAUAUUGAUUAAAAUUAGUAAAAAAUGUCCAAUUGAAGAAGAACAAUUUUAACAAACGAAUGCUUGGAUUCUAAAAGCAUUCAUAACAAACAAAAAUAAAUGUUUACUAAAUACAAACUAAAAUAUCUCAUGAUACAAAUUAUGCAACCAAUUUCAAUAUGCUUGAAAUUUAAACUUAAACAUUACAUUAGUAUUAUGAUAUGAUUCAAUCAAUUAAAAUGUAAGAAAUUAAAAGCACAAAAACGACGAUUAUGUUUUGUAUAUUUUAAUUUCAUUUGAAAACAAAAACAAAAUAAAAUAAAUAAUACAAAAAAUAUUAUAUUUAGGUUAAGUAUAUUUAAGAUUUUUUUGAAAAUUAAAUGAAUUGCUUAAAACACUUCGUUUGCAUCACUGAAAUUCUAAUUUUAAUCAUGUCAUAGGAUUUCUAUGAUCCUCAAUGUAAAGUAAGUAAUUAAGUUCCAAUAAAUCCAUAAAAAAAGAAGUACAUUAUAACCUUGAACACGAUUAUUCUGUGUCUUGAAUUUAUUCAUUCGGAAAUUAUUAUGAUAUGAAAAUUCGAAUGAACUUGCGAAUUGAAAGCAACACAACUACAAAAUAAAAAUAAACAUCAAAUACAUAAAACUA